GUCAAAGGUUAAGAAGCUGCGAUUUGUGUACGUGUGUGUUUUGAGUUAGCGACGUGGUGAUUACAGGCGCCACCGAACCCGAUCCGAUCCCCGCUAGAAUCCAGCACUUCCAUGCAGAUGCGCGUCCCGGACCAGCCAGCAGUUCUGCUGCUGCCCCUCCUCCUGACUCUGGUGGGCCUCGCCGCCGGCCAGCGCGUCGCGCCCGGCGUCAAUCCGCAGCACUAUCAGCAAGUGCCGCAGCAGGUGCCACAGCAUCAUCCGCCGCCGCCGUCGCCUCACCAGCAGCCGCAGUAUCAGCAACAGGUCCACUCGGCACCCGGUGUGCCGCCCCAGCAGUAUCAAUAUGAGCAGGUGCCCGUGCAGCACCAGCAGCAGCAGCAGCCGCCGGUCCAGUAUCAGCAAGUUCCUGUGCAGCAGCAACAGCAACAGCAGCAGCCAAUCCACCAGCAGCCGCAACAAGUGCACCAUCAGCAGCCGCAGCAAGUGCAUCACCAGCAGCCGGCGGGUGGCCAUCACCAUGGCCAGCCGCAGCAGGUCUUGAACACGGGCAACAUCCAGCAGGAGCGCGCUCACAUCCAGGAGCACAUGCAGGUGCCCAUCGAUACCAGCAAGAUGUCCGAGGCGGAGCUGCAGUUUCACUACUUCAAGAUGCACGACUCGGACAACAACAACAAGCUGGACGGCUGCGAGCUGAUCAAGUCGCUGAUCCAUUGGCACGAGCAAGGCAGCAAGGAGCAGCCGAAUGGCGAGAAGCCGCAUGUAGAGGAGAAGGUUUUCUCCGACGAGGAGCUAGUGGCCCUCAUCGAUCCCAUCCUGCAGAUGGACGACACCUCGCGUGACGGGUACAUCGACUAUCCGGAGUUCAUCAAGGCGCAGCAAAAGGCCGCCGAGAAGCAGCAGCAGCAGCAGCAACAACAGCCGCAGCAGCAGCAGCCCCAGCAGCCGAUUCAUUAGUAGUCGUCGUCACCCACAUAGAUCCGUUCAGUUUUGGCAUCCAUAACAUGUCCUCGUCCCGUGAUUGUGACGUGCUACACAUACUCCGGCAAAACGUCAUGAAAUUACGUAGUUUCACUUUACUAGAAUUACAUUCGAAUCAAUUUUACUUACCAUGCUGCAAGCAUUCCAAUCGGAGAACCACCCUGAACAAAUUGUAACUUAUUGCCCUUCUUCCAAUAACUUUCUCAAAGAUUCCCAUUUCGAAUACUGAACGCGAAUCUCACGAGCGGUUUGUGCAAUUUCAACUGCUUUCUCUCGUUUUUGUUUUCCAUGUUUCAUUACUUUAGUUAUUUCGCGAUAUGAACUAAUUUCUAAGCCCGACUUGAGAGCAGCAACAACAACAGACUGAUUGUGUAAAGGUUUGUUUUGUACAAAAAAAAAAAAAAAACAAGAGAAAAUAAAACUACGCGAUAAAAUAAAUCGAAGAAGGCCCUACCAAGUGGAAAUCUUUUUGAAACUGAAACCUAUAUAGCUAAUAAAGUCAAAUCCAAAUUACA